AUGGCACCCCGAAGAGGUCCCCCUCAGAGGGGCUCCCCACAACAGGCACAGAAAGAACGACAACCGCACGAGCCUCAGCAUUCUGAUCGGACACGGUUGGCAUACCAGUUCCGUCGCGGAAACAAGAAUAUGGACGAUGACUCAGACUUGGAACAGUCCUUCCCCAUCUCGUCCUUUGCCCUGGGCUCGACGCGCUCCGAGUCGCGAGCAGUCAAGUUUAUGAAGGGCUUUGGAUCAGGCGCCGACGAGACGCAUUCACGCCUCUCGUUCAACACUGACCGUCGGUGGAUCUACGUCUACCUCAUCCCAACCGAGUUCUCCACCACUCCGCCGGCGUUCCUGCCGCUCGAGAUGGAGAUUCCAUUCGAAGACAUUGUUAACGGUGGUGUACGUGUGAUCCGCUCCCAAGCAGUGGACGGCGACCUCAGGCGCGUCACUCUGACAGUCACGGCCCGAAGGCCGGCGCGCUUUUACACCAAUAUUCCUGGCGAGCGUCUGAUGCGCCGCGCAACCGAGCGUGACUUUGUCUUUAGCGUUGGUCCAGGAGAGUCGACAGCGGGCCGUUCAGUAGAUGAGAUGAAGGCGAAGGGCUACAUCAUCCACGAGGGCCACGCUGGACCGCUUGAAGUUCUGUCCGAUGACCCGUAUACCGUCAAGGUAAACGCCUGGCUCACAUGGGAAUUCAGCUUUAUGCUCGACGCUGAAGGGAGACAUCGGUUCCGCGAAAAGAUCCUCAACCUCGACAUCGAGGGCAAAAAGGACGGUCUCGACUUGCUGGCGCCAAUGUCACGCAAGGUCCGUGUUGUCCCCCCCGAGAAGAUGAUACACAUCGACCCAAACACUCUCCUCGCCCGUCUCCCUUUCCGCAUCCGCUACCUUGUUGAGGGACUUGUCUCGCACGGCAUUAUCGUCCCGUCCGAGAUCCCCGAGCUCACGCACUUGCUGGACAAGAACUGUGGUACCAAUGAAGCUGCCCUCGAUUUGAAGGAACGCGUCCUCACUGCACUCUUCAACGAGGAGCGUAUCCAAAAAUUGUCCCACAUUGUCUUCGUCCGCACCAAACAGCUGCGAAAACGUCGUCUCCGCGGCGACGAACACCAGGUCAUGGUAUACAAGUGCCUCGUGACACCGACCCGCGUCUGUCUCUUCCCCCCAGAGUCGGAGACUUCCAACGACGCGUUGCGCUCAAACGCCCUCAAGACCGACCGCUUCCUUCGCGUCCAGUUUGCAGACGAAGACGACCGUAUUCAGAUCAACGUCACCGUCCUCGACGCGGACACUGCGCGUCCCGCCAACGGCACAAUUGCACGUGUCCGCCGCGCUCUCAAUGCUGGCCUCAAUCUCGCAGGACGCCACUACAAGUUCCUUGCAUACGGCUCGAGUUCGGCGCGCGAGCACUCGUGCUGGUUCCUCGCAGAGGACGACAACUUUACGACCCACAGCGUUCGUCGCAAUCUUGGAUUUGAGCAGAUCACCGAGAAGAUUGUGGCCAAGCAUGCCGCAAGGAUGGGUAUUCCCUUCUCGGCCACCCGCGCAGUCACAAUUCAGACGAACGUUAGGAACAAGAAGACUGACAGCUAUUACGUUGAUGGUGACCAAAAAGUGUGCUACACCGACGGUGUUGGUCUGUGCGGUGUGCGUGUCGCACGUCAGGCGGCCAAGGCGUUUGGUUUCAACGGAGUGGACGCAUACCCCUCCGCCAUCCAAAUCCGUUGUGGUGGCAUCAAAGGCGUUCUCAGCGUCUGGCCUGACCUCUGCGGCUCUCACGACGUUGCUUUCCGCGACUCUCAGAUCAAGUUCCCGACUAAUCGUGACGUCAUGAAGAGGGGUCUCAACGUUGUCAGAUUUCACCGUGCUUUCCUCAACCGCCAGUUUAUCCUUCUCCUCAGCCACCUCGGUGUACCCGACCGCGUCUUUGAACAGCUCUUCCACGACGCCAUUGUUCGCACUCGUGGCCUCCCCCAGCGCUUCACCGCGGGUUUGCAGACCGAAAGCGACUUGCGCGCUGCCGUUGGCCUCUCCGAGUUCCCCAUCAAGGAGCUUGCUCUUGCCGGGUUCCACCACAACCCGAUGUUCAAGGACGCGUGCAGGGUUCUCGAGACGAGGUUGCUUGCCAACCUCAAGUGGAAGGCGCGCUUGGAGAUUAAGAAGAGCGUUUAUCUCAUCGGCAUUGCGGACGAGCUUGGUGUUCUGAAGGAGGGCCAGGUGUUUUGCCAAUACGAGAACCCUGUCGAGCCCGACGAGGGACCUGUGGUAGUGCGCGGAGCCUGUGCAGUUAUGCGGGCGCCUGCCCUCCAUCCAGGCGACGUCCGCAUUGUUCAGGCUGUGGACCACCCCCGCCUUCGUCACCUCCGGAACGUCAUCGUCUUUUCGUGCCGGGGCAAGCCUCUUCCCAACAUGCUCGCCGGCGGUGACCUCGACGGCGACGACUAUACGCUCAUUUGGGAUGACCGCCUCCUGCCCCACUUUCAGGAGGAACCUGCCGACUACACCGCACCACCGACACUCAAGGUCAACCACGUCACGCUGGACAACGUCAAGGAGUUCUUUGUCGAUUACAUCAAGAACGAUAUCCUUGGCCAAGUGUCCAACGCCCACCUGGCGCACGCAGACCGCAUUGGGCCACAAUCUCCGAUCUGCCUCCAGCUCGCUAACCAGGCCAGCAUUGCUGUCGAUUUCCCCAAGACUGGCGUGCCCGCCAAGUUGGGCUACGAGAUGCGGCCUAAAACGUGGCCGGAUUUCAUGGGCAAGGCCCUCUUUGGUACCGCUAAGAGCAAUUACGAGAGCAAAAAGAUCCUCGGCAAGCUCUUCCGUCUUGCGGGCGACGAACCUCUGUUCUUCCCAACCGACAUUCGCAUGAUCGUGCCGGCAAAUCGCGAGGACAAGCGUCUCGAGCGGUACGACCUGCCCGCCUCGGUUCUAGAGGACGCGUACAAGCUCAAAGACAGCGUACUGGGCCUCAUGAGGCGGUACCGCAUCACCGAGGCCGAAGUUGUGUCUGGCAUCAUCCUCAAGAACGAGCAACGCCGCCGCGGCCGCGACGCUGACCUCAAGGAGCCCGUGGACCAAAACUAUCGCACGCUCGUCUCCAACGUCCUCGAGCUCGCUGAUCGCUUCCUCGUGAAACGCGCAUUCAAGGGACCCCUCAGCCCGAGGAUGAUUUACGGUAUCGCAGCGUACCAGAUCACCUAUGUGGACCGCGUGCGCGACGCCGUCCGAGACAAUCUGCGUAAAAAGAACCAACCCCUCUCGGAACUGCUCGAUGAGAUGACACUUGACGACGCGACCGAGACGGGGAGCGUCGUCGGCAGUACGGUCGACGGUGCUACAGACGGCGCGUCGUCGGCAUACCUGUCUGGACCUGGACCAGCACCGUUCAUCUCCUUCCCUUGGGUGUUUUGGGAAGCGCUGUGUGACCUCCCCAACGUCCGUGUUGCAAACUAA